AUGAGCCGUGAAGCACAUUCAUUUCAGUCUCGCUCCAAACGCGCAAUUUCCACUGCGAUGCUGAUAUACCACUUUCUAUGGGAAGAAGGAAGAAUCACCUUUAAGAAGUCGAAACAAUCCACGUAUGCACUUAAGGUGUUAAUUGGUAAAGAGGCAAUUCUUAAAGACCGUGUGUUUAGUCCAGAUCACAUGGAGUUUUUGUCAAACACUUUUUGUCGCAAGAUGAACAUUUUAAUUCAAAAGGCACGAAAAACAAAAGCUUCACAGCUAUCAGUCAAUUUUAACAAAUUAUCAAGUGUCAAAGACGAAGUUAGAAAUAAUGACAAUAAGCCCAAGACGAUGAUAACAGUCUGUAGAAACAGAGAAGCUGCAUUUUCCAACUUUUUAGCUUCUGUUUUAAUUGAACGGGGGUUCACACUGAACUUGACUUUAAUUACCUUUAAGAACUCAACAAGUGCAACGCACCUUUAUGUUUGGGAUUCAGUCAUCAGUCCACAUGGCAACACUUUCUUUCCCGAUCAACAUGAAGAUACUUUAGUCGGACUUAUCAACCAAAUUCAGAAAUACAGAAAAAACACCACACUUUGCAAGGACAACUUCGACUGGGGUCUUUACACGCCAAGUGCCUUUUCACCAACAGACAAACAACUCUAUGAGGUGUUGUUGUAA